AUGAUCAUUGAUGGGAAUCACAUAUCCCAUGAAAGCCACCGCCACCAGCUCAAACUUGAGGACACAAAGUUCCCGUUCAGGUGUGAUGGCGACAAGGUGAUAGGAAUAGGCAAACGUUACACUUGCACCGCAUGUAACUUCGACCUCCACAAGCAUUGCGGAGUCGAUCCUGAUACUCCUAUGUUCCACCCGCUGAUGCCCAAGUGCGAUUUCGACCUGCAUCCCUGCUGCGCAAACUUUCCUAUGGAGCUCGAGGAUGGGAGCGUCAAGCUGAAGCUGAUCGAGAAAGACCGCAGGUGGAUUUAUAGGUCGAGAUGCAAGAAGUAUAAGUUGGAAGUAGCAUAUGCGAGGGAAAUAAUCGAGGAGCGCUCGACUAAACUUUUGGGGUUGUGGCAAUCUAAGAAGCACCGAUACGGGUACGAGUAUCCGGAUACGGUACGGUCGGAUCCGUAG